AUGAAGUACUCACUUGUUGCCGCCUUGGCGACUCUUGGUUCUUUCGUCGCAGCAACUCCAAAUACCCAAUUCCUUAAUGUUGGGAGACUGAUUCCUCCUGAGGAACCUAUGGAUGCCAGCAUUAUGCGGAAAGUUGCAGCGUCUAACAUCACGGGAUCUGCAUUCUUUGAUCAGAUCGUUGACCACAACGAUCUGAGCAAGGGAACUUUCAAGCAAAAGUUUUGGUGGAACACCGAGUUUUGGGCUGGUCCAGGAUCGCCUGUAAGUCAAUUGACUAUUUGUGUAGGAGUUUUGCUAACUUAAUUUCAGAUCGUAUUUUUCACACCGGGUGAGAUUGCUGCUGCGGGUUAUACUGGCUAUUUGACGAAUGCAACCAUCACUGUAGGUCAAAACUACAUGUAAACAAAUGGAGUGAAUAUCAAUUAAUAUUUCCAUUAUAGGGUCUCUAUGCACAAGAAAUCAAGGGGGCUGUGAUUAUGGUUGAGCGUAAGCUGCCUUUUGUUAUUUCUUAAUUGUCUUUACUGACGAAUGUUACAGAUCGUUUCUGGGGAGAAUCCAGCCCAUACGCUACCCUCACUGCCGAGACUCUACAAACCCUAACCCUCGACCAAGCCAUGAAUGAUUUCGUCCACUUCGCAAAAACGGCCACUCUUCCAUUCGACCUCAGUGGUGCUACCAAUGCUGAUAAGGCACCAUGGGUGUUCUCUGGAGGAAGUUACUCAGGUGCAUUGGCAGCUUGGAUCUAUUCUGUACACCCAGGAACGUUCUGGGCCUACCACGCGAGUUCUGCUCCUGUUGAGGCUAUCUACGAUUACGUGAGUUGAAUUCAAAUAGAAAUUGAAAGGCAUUGCUGAUUUUGGUUUAUCAGUGGCAAUACUUCACUCCCAUCCAAGAAGGCAUGCCAAAGAACUGCAGCAAGGAUGUUGGACUUGUUGUCGAGUACAUGGACGAAGUCUUUACCAAGGGAACUCCAGAAGAGCAAUUGGCACUGAAGACAAAGUUCGGUCUUCAGGAUCUGACUCUAGCGGCUGAUGUCACUGCGUAUGUUGACUCCUUUCCGAUUUCUCGAGUUUGUGCUAAUGUGAAUAGCGCCCUUGUGAACGGUCCUUGGUUAUGGCAAUCCAACAGUUUCACCACUGGGUACUCUGGAUUUUUCAAAUUCUGUGAUGCAGUUGAGGUUAGUUUGGCUAUUCUUAAUAGUCCCGUUGAGUAGUACUGACUUGUCUUUGGAGAACGUCGUAGCUGGUGCAGCCGGCACCCCUGAUGCGAACGGAGUUGGGCUGGAAGCUGCUCUAGAAGGAUACGCCAAGUGGAGCAACGAAGUUUUGAUUCCAGGCUGUAAGUUUUGUCUUCUCGGCACCAUCAAACAUUUGCUAAUACCACUUUGUAGACUGUGAAAACUACGGCUUCGAAGGAGAAUAUAACAUCGAGUGUAUGGACACCUACAACGCCACCAACUUACAGUACACAAACAGAGCAGUAGACAACAUCUGGAAUCUCCAAUGGAACUGGAUGCUCUGCAACGAGCCAUUCGGAUACUGGCAAGAUGGUGCACCGAGAGGCAAGCCAACUAUCGUGUCUCGCCUUGUCACUGCUGAGUACUGGCAAGGACAAUGCCCUCUCAUGUUCCCCGAAACCAAUGGCUUCACAUAUGGCUCCGUUGACCCAGAUGUCAACGCCCACAAGGUCAACAAGUUCACCCAAGGAUGGAGACUGGAGAAGACUGAGCGUCUGAUCUGGACCAAUGGGUAAGACUCUUCCCCUCUCUCGCCUUUUAAACAUCAACUAAUCAUUACCCCAACAGACAAUUCGACCCAUGGAGGACCUCAGGAAUGUCCGCUGAGGAACGCCCUGGUGGAGCACUCGCUGCUACCGACAAGGCCCCUCUUAAUGUUAUCCCUGGAGGCUUCCACUGCUCGGAUUUGCGAUUGACUAAUGCGAGAGCGAAUGCUGGCGUGCAGGCUGUUGUUGAUAGACAGGUCGCUCAGAUUGUGGAGUGGGUUGCUGAGUUUCCUAAGAAAUAGAGGUGCGUGGUGGUAAUAUUGGCGAUACUCGUACACGAAUGAGUGAUAGAUGGGUAUCGACAUGAUAUGAUGUGAUGCAUGAAGCAUGAUUUUGAUAGAUAAUUUAAUGUCUCAUGAUCAUCUAAUUUGAC